AGUUUAAUUCAUGAAUUUUAAUAAAAUUUUUAAUCCAACCAUUUAAAGUUGUGGAUGGUAUCCAAACCCGGACGCGUCAACACCAUCCAUCGGCCAAUCACCCUGUUUUCUGAAAUGAAUUUUAAAUCUCUCAGCCGACGAGGAAAACCAUGGGCAAUCUUGGGGGCAGCAGCAGGUUUAGGGAGCACCAGGAUCCAAGAAGUGGUCAGUGGGGCCGUUCGACGAAGACCAUCUGGCCCCAUUGUCAUCGCUGGAAAGAUUGCAAAACCGCCUAUUCGUGCCCUUACCACCAAACUCAAUACCGGCGGCACCCACAACUCCAUCCUGGGAGCGAUAAGAGGAGGAUAAAAAAAAACAGCACCCAAUUUCCAGCUCUACCCCUGUUAUCAUCUCCUCCUUGCUUCUUUUUUUUGCUCCAAGCAGCCCCGGGGAUCGAAUUGAUCGUCCUGGCAUGCAGAGUCGACCUCUGUCGUAGCCGUAGUGAUCUUGGUUUUGUUUCGGUGCCCGUAAAUCCGUGUGGCCCUCCCACCGUUCUAUCCAUCCUGCGUGUUUGGUAGAGGAGGGAAGCUUGUUGAGCGGCAUAGCAUGGAAGGGGGCGGUGGCAUGCCCGGGGGAAUGCUGCCGAGUAGCAUGAGCUCCGCUGGAUUGCUCGGGCUGGAGAUGCCCCUGCACCAGCAUCAACAUCAACACCCGCACCACCAGCAGCAGCAGUUCCUCCAUCCGCACCACCACCACCAGCAGCAGCAGCAGCAGCAACACAUCUUCCCGUUCCAGCCCCCCCAUUCCGGCAUCGAUGCCGACCACCCAAUGAGGCACGCCUCCUCUUCCUACAGCCCCUACGGCGCCAGGGGGAAGCAGCAGCCCACGCUGAGCUCCGAAGACGAGCAGCAGCCCGGACCCGGGGACGAGGGCGACGGGGCGAGGCGGGUGUCCUCGCAGUCGCCGACGCCUUCUCCGUGGCAGCGCAUGAAGUGGACCGACAGCAUGGUCCGGCUCCUCAUUUCGGUGGUCUACCGCGUGGGGGAUGACGGCGGGGGUGUGGGUGGGGUUGGUGCCGAGGGGGAGCCGCAGCAGUCCCACUCGGCCGCGGCCGCGGCCGCCUCCGCCUCCUCUGCGGCCAAGGGCAAGAAGGGGCCGGGGGCAUCGGCUUCGGCGACCUCGGCGUCGGCGCUGCUGCAGAAGAAGGGGAAGUGGAAGUCGGUGUCGCGGGCGAUGAUGGAGAAGGGGUUCUACGUGUCGCCGCAGCAGUGCGAGGACAAGUUCAACGACCUGAACAAGCGGUACAAGCGGGUGAACGACCUGCUAGGGAAGGGGACGGCGUGCCGGGUGGUGGAGAACCAGGCCCUCCUCGACACCCUGGACCAACUCUCCCCCAAGGCCAAGGAGGAGGCCCGCAAGCUCCUCAAUUCCAAGCACCUCUUCUUCCGCGAGAUGUGCGCCUACCACAACGCCACCGCUGCCGCCUCCUGCGCCGCCGCAAACGUAGCUUCCGCGCCACUUCCGCAGAUGCAACCGCCACCUCCACCGCACGCGGAUCAGCAGCAGCUCUGCUUGCACCACCCACCGACGGCAGUGUCCGUGGGGAAGGGAGGAACCACGGCUGUGGAGGAGGAUGGCAUGGAAACUUAUGAGGACGAGGACGACGAUGAUGAUGUAGACACUGAGGAGGACGACGACGAUGACGAACAGGAAGAUGAGGAGGACGAGACGGAUUACCACCAUAAAAGCAAGCACCGGUCUCACCACGGCGGCUGCCACCACCAGCAGCAGCGGAAGCUGGAGGAGCCGGAGGAGGUCGAGGACAGCAAGGGAUUGGUGGGGGACCCAGGCAAGGCAGAAGGGGCAAAGAGGGCACGUAGGAUGUUCUCAGGGGGCUCUCCCCUGCUCUCGCUCUCCCUGUCGUCGCCAUCCACGAUGUCUACAUCGAUUCAGCAGCUGAAGAGCGAGCUGAUGGGGAUGGCGGGAGGCGGGGAGCAGCAGCAGCGGCAGUGGCUGAAGAGGAGGGUGGCGGAGCUGGAGGAGCAGCGGGUGGGGUACGAUAGCCGGGCCCUGCAGCUGGAGCGCCAGCGCUUCAAAUGGCUCCGCUUCAGCACCAACAAGGAGCGCGAGAUGGAGCGGAUGAAGCUCGAAAACGACAGCCUCCGCCUCGAGAACGAGCGCAUGCUGCUUCUCCUCCGCCAGAAGGAACUCGAGCUCCUCGGCAGCGGCGGCGGCGGUGGUGGGGCCGACAACCACCUCCAGCAGCAGUAAUGGUUAAUGCUUCAACCCACCACAAGCGCCCUACCGCGGAUCACCACCUCAACCCGUCCGCUGAUCAUAGCUCAACCGCAGCCUGAGUUCAUAAAACAGAGACAGACAGGAUAGCAACAGUCGAGAGGACAUUUGCAGCACCGCACCGCACCGCCCCGCCUGGCCGAUCGACGUAUACAUUCACUGCCUCGUUAGUUCUAUUACGUGUUCGAUGAUGUCUCUGCAUCAAUCAACACAAGCAAGCACAAGAAUAAUAUGAACACGUAUAUAUGUCGUGCUUGUUUUCUACCGUACAAAAACUCAUGUAACGAUAGCUUUGAAAUGAUCUUCUAUUUUUGGAUAUUUGUAACAAUGAAAAUGAAGGAAUCUACUGUUCUCAUAUCUACCCUCGAUCUGGGUUGCAAUGUA